GCCACGCCCAGCACCUACCAGCUCUCCAGUCCUGAUUACUUCCAGCUGCUCUACAGGAAGGGUCCCACCUGGUACGAGAUCUUCGACAACCAGCAGAUCCUGCAGACACUGGAUUCAGUUCGGUACUGGAGGAACCUGGGCUGCAGGAAGGGCCAGAUCUUCAUGAAGCAGCGAGCCAGAGAGACGGCGGAGAGUCAGUGCUUCUGGGACAGGAUGGCCCAGCUGAUCGGCUGCGAUGUCCGGACCCUGGUGACCAGCGAGCAGGACGAGCUGAACUCAGCCAGGAGGAAGCUGGCUGCGGUCAGGCGAGCGGAGCUGCAGGACCGCGACGCCAGGGCUUACGCCAUGGAGCCCUGGCUGGACACCAGCCCCCUCCCCGAGGGUCUGCUGGCCCUGGCCACCAAGGACCUGGUGGUGGCCAUCCACCACGGCAGCAGCAGCCGCAAGAUGAAGGUGAGUGCCUACCACACGCCCGACGUGGUCAUCCACACCUACUUCCAGAGGAUGCAGGAGAAGGGGCUGCCUGUGGACCCCUCCGACGGCCAGCUGGUGCUGAAGGUGUGCGGGCGCGAGGAGUACCUCACCGGCAACUGGUCUCUGCUGGACUUCUGCUGGGUGCGCCACUGCCUGAAGAACAAGGAGGAGCUGCACCUGGCGCUGGUGCCGCCCCUGGCCGAGGAUGAGGUGGCGGCCGAGGAGGACUGGCCGCUGGUGGACGAGGACACGGGGCUGAGCCUCACCCACCAGCAGAUGACCCUGAGCGGCCGGGGGGCCGAGGAGGUAUCCGUACUCUCACUCUGGGACUGCCACCACCCCUUCCGAGUCAAGCUGCUGGGACUGGACUCCCCCGGCCCACCGGGCAAGGGUGCCAACCGGGUGUACGUGGAGGUGUCUGUGCUCCACGGCACCCUCGUCCUGUCCAGCGCCCGGACCCCCUCGCUGCCCCUGGCCGACGAGGUGCUCUGGAACAUCUGGCUGGACUUGGACCUUCUGGUGCGGGACCUCCCCCGGGGCUGCCGGCUGGGGCUGCUGGUAUACGGGCUGGACGAGGAGUGUUCGUCCCCGGCCCGGGAUGCCAGGGACCCCCGGCUCCUUCACCACGCCAGCCUGCCGCUGAUCGACCACCGCUCGCACCUGCAGCAGGGGGAGCGGGUGCUGCACCUGUGGCCCCACCCCGGCGGCGAGGGGGGUCCGGCCGCCCACCAGCUCCACUGGCUGCCGGCCCGGACCAACCCCGAGCUCCACACCUCCGCCGCCCUCUGCAUCCUGCUCGACACCUACGACUGGCCGGUGGUCCUGCCCAGCGGCCCGGGUCCGGCGGGGAGGGGGCCGGACCCCGGGGGUGCCCCGGCCGGGGUGGACGCCGGUCCCGGACAGCAGACGGACGCGUUCGGGCACUUCACCGAGCAGUGCGGCCGCUACAGCCGCUCGCUGCCCCCGUUCCUGGGCACGGUGCCCUGGGGGGAGCAGCGGGCGGUGCAGGAGGUGCAGUGGCUGCUCCGGUGCUGGGACCCUGCCCGGCUGGAGCUGCCCGACGCCCUGCAGCUGCUCGGGGCGCAGUUCCCCGACCCGGAGGUUCGCAGGUUGUCGGUGCGGCGGCUGCAGCGGCUGCGGAGCGGAGAGGUGCAGAGGUACCUACUGCAGCUGGUGCAGGCACUGAAAUUUGAACCGUACCACGACAGCAGCCUGGCCAGGUUCCUGAUUGGCUGGGCGCUGAGGAGCAAGACGAUCGGCCACUUCUUCUUCUGGUACUGCCGCGCUGAGGUGACGGGCUCGGCGCACUGCGCGGACCGCUACGCGGUGAUCCUUGAGGCCUACCUGCUGGGCUGCAGUCAGGCCCUGCUGGAGAGUUUCCAGCGGCAGGUGCAGCUGGUGACGGCCCUCAGCCGGGUGGCCACCCACAUGAAGACAGCCAUCGCUGAGAAGAGCGACGUCCCGCACAACGCCGCCUCCCUGCUGCAGGACCUGCUGAGGAAGGCGGGGCUGCCCCAGGACUUCGUGACUCCCUACAACCCGCGCAUCAAAGCCGGUCGCAUCCUGGUCGAUCGAUGUAAGGUCAUGGCCUCCAAGAAGAAGCCUCUGUGGUUAGAGUUCACCUGGGCUGACCCCGAGGGGUCACCGGACCGGCCAAUCGGCAUCAUCUUCAAGCACGGCGACGACCUGCGGCAGGACAUGCUGAUCCUCCAGGCUCUGGUGAUAAUGGAUUCCAUCUGGCAGGAGAACUCGCUCGAUCUGAACCUCAUCCCCUACGGGUGCAUCUCCACUGGAUACAACAUCGGGAUGAUCGAGGCGGUGGGAGGCGCAGCCACUAUUGCAGCCGUGCAGCGGAUGAAGGGCGGCAACAGCGGCGCAUUCAAGAAUGACGCGCUGCAUGAUUGGCUGAGGAACAAGCUGCAGGUGGAAGAAGAGUACUACCAUGCGAUGGAGACCUUCGUCACCUCGUGCGCCGGGUACUGUGUGGCGACGUACGUGCUGGGCAUCGGGGAUCGACACAACGACAACAUUAUGAUAACUGAGCAAGGGAAUUUAUUCCACAUCGACUUUGGUCACAUUCUAGGCAACCGGAAGCGGAUCCUGGGGGUGAACCGGGAGCGCGCACCCUUCGUCCUGACGCCAGACUUCCUUUACGUGAUGGGACGCGUGAACAGAAGACCCAGCCUGUACUUCCAGCGGUUCAAGGACACCUGUAUCCAGGCCUACCUGAGCCUCCGGGCCCACUCCCCGCUCCUGAUCAACCUCUUCUCGCUGAUGCUCCUCACGGGGAUUCCAGAGCUGAGCUGCACGCGGGACAUCACCUACCUGCGGGAAGCGCUGGCCGUGGGCAGCGAGGAACAGGCCGCCCGCGAACAUUUCCUGAGCCAGAUCAGUCUCUGCGAGAGCCUGGGCUGGACGGUGCAGGCCAACUGGUGGAUCCACAUGUUCAUGGGGAUCAAACAGGCCUGAGU